UUCCAGUUGGUGAAAUGAAAGUGAAGCGUGUGCGGCAUUUGUUAUUUCCAGCCUCCAAAGGCGGAAGGAGCCAGUAAGUAUUCUCUUAGAUCCCCCAAACUUUUCCUGUCACUCCCCUCCACUUUCUUAAUCGACAUCACUUUGAAAGAGAGCAGUUGGAUUGCUGCGAAUUUGCAAAGCUUUCCCAGUCUUCAGCAACAAUAUGGACUUCGAUCCGGUAAACUCACUUUUUGGAUCGCCUCCCCGAGACGGACGGCGUCGACAGAAUCAAACAUAUCAUACUCCUCCAAGCAAUCAAGGGAUCCCGAAAACCGAUGAGGAAACUCUACUGCAAGGCGCAAAUACCCAGAGAUCAUACGUCCCUCGUGGAAUCAACCUCAACCUCAUAUCACGAAUCAGCAAGUUCGAGGCACUCGAUGCUCUGAGCACGCCAAUCAAACUUCUUUCUCUUCGACCAGCACAUCUACAGAUAUCCCGAAACUCGGCCUCACUCAAAGGGACGGAAACGAGCCAUAGAAAGAGGUUAUCAACAAUCCCCACUCCCUCAAGCGAAGGUCGAGACGAAUAUACACGAAUCGGUGAUAACUUCACUUCCAAACAAGUCACCCUCGCCUCCAAAUCCAGGAAAUGGUUCUCCCCCAAGACAAUCGAUUCAAAAAAGGUUCGAGGGUCGCAAGCCUCAUACAAGUCAGCGAACAGAAGGAUCCCUGGGGGCAUGCCGAACGCCUCUCAAAGCAAAGCAAUUGGUAUCGUGGCAAGUGCAUAUGUGCAAAAUGAAGCUCCGGCGAGGAAGAGCAGUACGAAGGAUAUUAUCAAGCUCUAUGAUGGUAGUUCGGACAAAGUCGUUUCAAAGGCGCCAUUGACAGGGAAGAAGACGGAACCACAACCCUCGGCGCUCGCAACAACACAAGUCACACCUCAAAAAGGUACGAAGCAUACCAAACCAUCUCCUGGUGCUUCAACAACCAGCUCCAAACGAAAGCAGAUGGCGGGGCAGAAUGCAGCUCCCAGCACGCCGACGAAGACUUACCAGUCCCUGGCUGCUAAGCAACGGCAACCUCUCAAUAGACCGCAUACACCAACUUCUACCAUCCAUUCUAAACCUUCCCCUUCGAAAUCUUCCAUCAGCAAAGUUUCAAACGGCACAGUAAUCCGAACCAAAAGAAGCAACCAUACCAUGCGAGCGAAGUCUGAAAAGUCGCCCGUUCGUGUUACCCCUAAAACGGGUAUUGCUAACAACAGCCGCUCGCAAGCACCUUCUAACAGAAUACAGCCAAAGCCUUCCGUCGCCGAAGAGAGGGGACGGGUACUGGUUAGGCCAGAUUGCAAAGAGAAUCCUACUACCAAGCUCAGCUUGGAUCAGCGAAAAAUUAGCAGCAAAAUCGAGGAGCUUUAUCGUGCGAAAAGCUUGGAAAGAAACCAUGAUAGCUUGCGAGAAUUUGGCUGUUCACAGGAUUCCCUCUCUACAACAGCUAGAACAUUGCCGCGUGUCCACACCACUCGACAGACAGAUUUCGAAGACGACAGAGGAAGAACACAGUCGAGAGUCGCUGAUAUCAGGACGAAAUUUGAAGGAGCGGCUCAAUCAAAAUCUCCGAUACCAGUGGCUCCGCCAUCGCUUCCCAUGCCUCUCUUCUCCAAUAUUUCACCCUUUUCGAAGGAACGUAAGGCAACUGCUGAAUUACCGAAUCCGUCACCGGCUCCCGUCUUUCAUCCACUCAGCCCGUCCAAGAGAAGUGCAAACAUAUCGCCGAAAACAGUGCAAGAACCGGAGGCUGUUCGAAAAGGGAAUGAUAAAAUGAUACAAAAUGUCCCUGAAGUCUCAUCGUCACUCUUUGCGACUAAGAGACAGUCGACGAAGAAAAGUGGUACUAUCAGAGACAGAAUCAAGCUCUUCGAGAGCAUACAGCAAACAAAAAAGCACGAGUGCGAAAGGAGCAAGACAAGCUAUGCUCGCAAGAUCAGAACAUCCAUGAAAAACUUGUUCGAUUCCGGUUCACGUAAAAGCGGGGAAGAUGGCGGAGGAGGAUUGAGCACCCAAGAAGUGCAAAGCAUAAUAGAUGAAUCCCAAGACACGGAAGCUCUGCUGCCGAAGACAAAGAAAAGAGGGACCCUUGUUGGAAGAUGGGCGACUUUCCAGGAGGUCCCUCAAUCAAAUACCACGGAUGGGACGAUGAGUGAGAAAGGAGGAUCGCCAUGUGCAGAAGGAGUAACGGUGAUGAUUGUGAAGGAGGCGGAAUGUUGCCUGAAGCAACCGAAACCUGUGCGAGUAACGGAGAUGAAAAGAAUGAUGUUGCUAUGCAGAGAGCGCGUUGGAAGCAUAAUAGAGAAAGAAAAAGGCCGGGUUGUGCUGCAGGCGAGGAAACUUUGAUAUUGGUAUCUUAGUGGAACUUUCUUCCUCUCAUGACUUCACU